UGACAAGCCGUAACAAUGUCAGCCCAUCAAGAUAGGACAGCCUCCGUUCAGCCCAAAACCGCCGAAAAAGUCAUGGUUUGGCUUGCCAAACAAAACUCAAGCAGACAGAAAUCACCACCAACGGACGUGUCUACUGCCCAAUCCGGAGGUGUCUUGGCCCCCAUCCCCAUCCUCACUCCGCCCCGUACCCAGUCCAUGUCGGCUACGGGUGGUGCGGGCGAGACGGGCUCGCCCACUCAGCCGCCACCGCCACAGCAGCAGCCACAGCCCGUGAAUUUGGUGACGCUCACCAAAAGCGUGGUGGAGGUCAAGAAGCCUAUUUUAAACAGUCCGGCCCAUUCUUCGGCCGGAGCCAUGAGCACGCCUCUCCGGAUUCCCACCAUCACGCCUCAGCUUCGGCCGGCUAUCAUUCCGCCGCGAACGGGGGUGGCAGCCCCGCCCUCGGGCGUGCCGACCGCACCGGCGGGCGUGAAUGUGAGCGGAAUGGUCAGUCACGGCUUAGUGGGCUCGACGGCCACGGUGACGCUGCCCUUGGCCACCACCAUUUCCCAAUCCACGGUAAACAAGACGGCCAUGCCCAUGGUUCACAGCCUAGGUCAUCACCGCCUCCCCGCCUCCAUCACGCCCAUUCCUCGUGCUCCCACGCCUGUGAAGAGCGUGGGCUCUUUGACUGGCGUGAUGCCGCAAGUGUCGGCCGCCACUUUGGCCUUGGUUCAGGCGGCCAACAGCGAUGGCGGGGGGUCCAAGCUAGCCGUGGUCCAGAGCCCGCACAACCUGACCGUGGGGCAUAACCCGCACAGCCUGGCCGUGGCACUGAGAGCUUCCGGAAUGCCUUUGAAACCGCAGACACCGGGCAACCCCGUGCAGUUCAUGCCCAUGCGGGGUUCAGCCGCCGUGACGGCCACUAUUCGACAAACGAUCCCGUUCAAAACGGGCGGGGGAGUGGGCGUGCGUACCCCCAUGAGCUCGGACCAUGCCGUGAGGGUGACUUUGGUGUCUUCGGCCAACGCCAUCAGCCAAGCCCCGCCCACUUCGCAAGCCUACUUCAAGCCGGUCACCAUCACAUCUCAGCCCGCGAGACCUCAACUCUCGCCCAUGACGUCUCACAACCCGUUGACUGUCCGCAUCGGACAGCCCACCUCCUCCACGCGUAUGAACAUGAUCCCUUCCACCCAUCACAACCCCACCGGACAUCUCAACGUGUCCCUGAACCCCGUGGUGGCUGGUCCCAUGGCAGGGGCCAAUAACUCUGCCGCCCAAAUGGCCCGCCUCCUGACGCCCGGCGGCGGCAAUCCCAAUAGUGCACGCCUCCUCGUACCCUCCUCCUCGGUGUCCAUCAGUCCCAGUGGCGUGUCCAUCCAGAAGGCAUCGAACUUGCCUUCCAACGUGAUCGCCACCGGCAAGACCAUCACGUUGCCCAAGACCAAUCCCAACGCCAUUCCCGUGGCUCGGGUGGUGCCGCAAAACCUGGUGAUUGCCAGUCAACUCAAUGUGCCCGAGACCUCGAUUGUUUUGACCUCGGUUCCGCCUCAACAACAACAACAACAACUCCAGCAACAGCAGCAGCAGCAAUUGCUUCAACAACAGCCUGUUCAGCUGGAUCACGCUCCCCGGGGACGACCCAUUCUUAUGUCUCAUGUGGGUCCGAACUUGACGAUCCGACCCACGGGGACGACCAACAGCGUUAGUAGUGGUACCAAUGAACAACCCUCUCAGGACAAAGGGACCUCAUCUAAGCCGGGGAUCCUCCGUAGGCGUGAUCCAGAUCGGGACGCCCAUCAUGAACAAGAUGACAAUGAUGGUGGCAGUACCUCCGGAUCAACCACUCUCUCGGCUACUUCUUCCCCCUGUGACAACACCGCCAACAACAAUGAAUCCGUGGCGUUGGCCUUCAAGAUCAAAAAACCCGAGAUCUCGUUGAUCAACAGCUACCGACACACAUGGCGUUCCCGGAACAAUCACUUCCUUCGUUACACGGAUGUCAAGCCCAAGGAUGAGAAGCAUCCAACGGUGAAUGAGCUGGCCAACCAGAGGUACAUCACCCAGAAAUUGGACGGUUGGAAGGUGUACCUCCUCUCGGGGGAGAUGGAACGGGUGACGGAUAUGGAGCAGGAACUGAGUGACAAGCUCCACCAAGUGCAGAAGCGUCUGGAGAAGGGGCUCCACAAGGAGAUGAGCAAGGAGUUCAACAAGGUCCAGGAGUUGCUCAAGGCCAACUUGCAGCGGAGUCGGGUGUUUCAGGAGCAGGUCAAGGAAACCACGAGCAAUGCCAAGCAGAUCUUUGGACACAAGCAGCAAGUGCUUGGGAUUGUGAAGAAGUACGAGAGCAAGCGGCACAUACGGAAAAGAGAGUUCCGAUGAGUGGAGGAUGGAGGGAUAUAUCCUUAAUUCUGUUGAUUGUAAAUGAUGUAAACGAAACUUUUGACCUUUCUAAUCUCCUGUAGAAUACACACUUCUGCCCAAGCA